AAUGAAUGUCCGGCGAAGCUCGGGAGUAGCAUCCUUGUAGUGGCGAAUGAUAUGUCUAGGCAGAUUAUUGUCGCGCGAGGAAGCGUUUAUGACCGCAUGGCCAUUUCAUCAGAAGAAGGAAUCGAGUAAGGUAGGGGCCGGGCCAGUGGGCCUGGUAGCAGCGUUGACGCUCCUCCAGAACGGCAUCCCAGUUCGCAUCAUCGACAAAGACCCUAACCCUCGCAUCGGACAGCGUGGUACCGCAUACUGGCCACGGACCCUCGAACUCCUCAACUUCCUGAAUGUCCCAGAAGUCAACGAUCUGGGGGAAUCGGUCCUUCCCGUUCAGUGGUACAAGUACGGGUCGUUAACGCCUCUGAUAAAUCCCCCGGCGCCCCCGACUAUGGAACCUAACCCUGCGGUACCAUUUCACAACCUGAGGAUAAUGGGUCAACAACGCCUAGAUGUAAUUCUGAAAGGCCAUCUUGCGAAGUUCUCUUGCUCUGUCGAGAUGGGCACAGAACUGUGCUCAUUUGAGCAGUCCGACGAGGGCAUUACAACUGUUCUCGCGAAGAACGGCAUAUUAGAGAGGUUCAAUGCAAAGUGGAUGAUCGGUGCUGAUGGCGCUAAAGGUGUCGUUCGCAAGCAACUUGGGCUCACGUUUUUGGGUGAGACUAGACCCGAUGACCAACUUCUGACCGGAGAUAUCCGUUUCAAGAGUGAUGGUAUUGAUAGAAUGCAUGUUCACCAGUUUGGAAACUUUAGUGAACGAGGCGUGGCGUUACAGCCAUCGAACGAAGUUGGAGAGGACGGAUGGCAAUUUUUUAUCUUCGGCCCUGAACUAGACAAGACGAAGAUCGCUCAGAGCGAGGAUCUUGUCUUCGAGACCAUCACGUCGUUAAUACCAGCAGAAAUCACGUUCGACAGGGUGAUUUGGAUGAGCGCAUUCCAAGCCAAUAUCCGGAUGGUGAAUAAGUUUAGCGAGGGUCGGGUCUUUGUUGUGGGCGCUGCUUCAAGUGUCCAUAGUCCAAUGGGUGGCCAGGGACUCAAUUCAGGUAUGCAAGAUGCUUUCAAUCUAGGAUGGAAACUUGCGCUCGUCGAAAAAGGACUCGCCGACAAGUCUCUUCUCGAGACAUACACCGCCGAGCGUUUGCCUGUCAUUUCCGAGUUGCUCGAGAUAACCACCGCGAUUCUCAACAAGGCAAUCGUAGGAGAAGUGUCGCUCGCACAAAGCCCGAAGCUCUUCAUGCUCGGGAUCAAUUACCGAUUCAGCAACAUCGUCCUGGAUGAGUUUGUGCCUCCAGUCGAGGGCAGGCCUAUCAACGCCUACGGGGAGUAUGACGAGAGGUAUCUGGAGGCUGGAGACAGGGCGCCUGAUGCGCCCAAUAUGCUCCAGGUGGGGCGCGGAGAGUCCAAUGUGAAGACGCUUUUUGGUCUGUACAGACCCUGGUACCAUACGGUGCUUGUGUUCGCGCCCAGUCUCGCUGAUGCUAGCCCGAUCUUGGGAGCACUGGAGGCAUGGGACAAAAGCGUCGUGCGAUCGGCAGUCGUUCUGCCCUCAUUUACAUCAGUACCAGAUGUCGCAUCUCUUGCGGACCUCGUUCUUGUUGACCAGGAUGGAUAUGCUUAUUCGGCUUACCUCAUGGAAGCUGGCAAGACGACGGUGUCUGUGAUACGGCCAGACGGAGUGGUUGGGGCGAUCGUUCAUGGUGCAAAGGGCGUGAAGAAGUAUUUCUCGAAAAUAUUUUUUGACGCGUCAAUAGUAUCACGUUUGUAACUGAGUUACGACAUCAAAUUACACCAAUUUGUUCGAAAACAAUUCGCUGCUCGAGCUGGACUCACGCAAUACGCAGCCCAAUUGUUCACUGCCGAGGCCGCUUUCAUUGUCAGACGUCUCAGAAUCUAGGCGCGACUCAAACACAACCAACAAUGACCUGAAUGCUGAGAAACAUGAUCUUUGUGAGUAUUGAUACAUCAUUUAUGCUAGAGAGCACCUGAGAGAAAAGACCAGCACGACUUGAGCACGACGUGAGGAAAAAGUCUUAGAAGCAGUCAGAGUCUC